AGUUAUCUCAAUCCUUUCCUUACUCACUCACAUUCCUUUCCUUACUCACUCACAUACAACCAAUAUUUCAAACAAAUUAUAUAAAGUAAUGGCAUACUUGUGGUUGGAAAAUGAUCACAGAUCCAAUGAAGAACAUAUCAGAAGAUGGGAUGCACAGGGUGCACCUCUCGUCACCCGUACUAGACAACACAUAAUACCAAGUCCUCAUAUUGAAGAGUAUCUACGUCAAACCGGAUUUUUUGAGGUUUCUCAAAUAGGGCGUUACAAAAUCGAUAGACACAUCGUAACCGCUCUUGUAGAAAGGUGGCGGUCUGAAACACAUACUUUUCAUUUUCGAACGGGUGAAUGCACAAUCACGUUGGAAGACGUAUAUAUGUUACUCGGAUUACCUUUUUGCGGACCAUUUGUUACGGCUCCUCCAAAUCUUGCGUGGAACAUUUGUGCUCAAUUGUUGGGAAUAACUCCUCCAGCAAAUAAAACUGAUGGUUUUACCCUCUCAUUGUCGUGGUUAAAGGAUAAUCUGGUCGAUAAUAACUUCAGUGAACAAUCUCCUCCGGAGGUAAAAAUACAACACACUAGGAGGUACCUACUAUACCUCUUUGGAGGGUUCUUGUUUCCUAAUACAACUGGAUUAUUUGUGCACAACUCCUGGUUGUAUUUGUUAAUGGAUUUUAAUCUAACAAGAAACUAUAGUUGGGGAUCGGCAGUGUUGACUUACCUUUAUCGUGGCUUGUGUGAGGCAUCACACCCAAAUAUAAAAGCACUAACAGGAUGUCAUUUCCUGUUACAAGUUUGGGGAUAUUGUCGGUUGAGUUAUAUCGCUCCGAAAAAUGAUAACCCACUCCAGUGGCCGCUUGGAUUAAAGUAAUCGUGAUCAAUUUUUUUUUUAAUAUUUAUUUCGUCACAUUUUCUCACUUCUUAUUAAUAUUAUUAUUUGAUAAAUUAGUUACUAAAUUGUUUAUAUCAUUUGUUAGAUGGACAGGUGCAGGUUCAAGAUAUUAUGAAAAUCCAAGCCAUGACACUAUUUCUUACCGAAAAAAGUUUGAUGACAUACUACCCCAUGAUUUUAAAUGGAGACCAUACAAGAAUGUUCCACACAACUUGCCUGAAGAAUAUUGGGAGUGGACUGCAACAAGUUACCUUAUAUGUUUUGACAAAGUUGAAUGGCAUCCAACUGAUAGGGUCAAGCUCCAAUUUGGUCUGCCACAAGAAAUACCAGGGCCCCCACGAGACAUGACACAGUACCAUGUAAUAGACAAACGGUUCAAGACGUGGUACAAAUCAAAUGGUUAUCGCUUUCCAGAAGAGUGCGAACAUUGGGACAACCGACGGAGCCAUACUUUACCACGCAUGCGGCCAAGAUCACUCACCCACACUCAUGCGUAUAUUGAGUGGUUGACAACCACAUGCAACCCACGUCUAAGGAUUUCAAUUGAAACAAACCCAUCAAAUUCAGAUCCAGACGAAGCCGAAGAGCCGGAACAUGAACCUGAAAUUCGCAACAACCAAACACCAAUUCAUGAUGAUUUUUGGGAUCAAGACAUUUUUUCUCAACUACAUGAUCAUCAAUCCCAACCACAUACAACCCAAAACAUUCAUGGUUCUGUAAUGUAUGAAUUUCUCGACACCCCCCAACAAAACAUCAUCCAACCACCACCAUAUACCUCCCCGAGAAAUGCAUAUGAGCCCCAUUAUCAGUCAACUUAUGGUUACAAUGACCCAAACCAAGCUGGCGCAUCCAACAACAACUACUUCUCCUAUAAUGACCCAAACCAAGCUGGACCGUCCAACACCAAUUACCCCCCCUACAGCAACCCACAGUACCCAAUGUACACCAACCAAAACUACAACCACCCACCAACACCAACAAACCUAUUAUCUCACUUUUCUCCGGCUUCGUUGAACUCUAGUGAUCAAUUUCUGGAUAUGGGAUGGCCAACAAGGGAACACGAUGUGUCAUUGUCAUUGGGUUAUGGUAGUCAAAUACAAUCAGCUGCAGAUAACAACGACGAAGACCAACAUGACCCUCAAGUAAAUCGCGGAAGAAAUCGUCGAAGACGAGGGUGUGGGACAGCCGGGCAUUUAUAAUAAUUGUAGAUAUCAUCAUAUUUA